CAAAAUGGGUCUAUAUGACCACUUUCGUGCUCAAAAAAGCGAGAACGAAAGAUAAGAGAGAAGUAAGAAGUGAGAAAAUGGGGAGCAGCGUAUAAACCGCAUGUCGUAAAAAAAGAAAAGAGAGAACGCUCAUGGUAAGACUUUCAAAACAUUACGUACAAGCUACAUACAGGUUAACCGAUAGGUGGAAAUCUAAAGGUACAUUGUUAAGCUUACAGCAAUCAAGUUACCGAAUCAAAAUGAAGGUUAUAGUAGCUGGAUACUUCAAGACAGGCACCAAGACUAUGCAAGCAGCGUUGACAGAGCUUGGUUAUAAUGUAUACGACUGGAUAGAGAAUUUCGAGUUUUUGGAAAAGGAAUGGAAGCAGAUAUGUACGGUUGGAGGAUCGACUGAAUUGUUUCGUAAAAUGUACGAGAAUGUUGAUGCGGUAACUGAUCUACCUGGAUGUAUUUUCUGGGAUGAGAUCCUAAAAGCAUUUCCCGAUGCUAAGAUCAUUUUAACAAUGCGAGAGAAUGAAGACGAAUGGUGGAGAAGCGUCCAGAAACAACUCAAAGAAAACUCAACAUGUACCCUUUGGGCAAUAAUGAAUGUGUCGCCAACUGGCAGAAGAUUGUCCCAACACACCAAACGUUUAGUAAACAGUGCUGUUGGACAAAAUAACGACUUCACAACGUUUAUGAACGAAACACUAUUUAAAAUGGCUUACAGCAGACACAACGCGCAUGUCCUACAGAAUGCUCCUAAAGGCCAACUUCUCGUAUUCAGCUUAAAGGACGGUUGGGGUCCCUUGUGUGAAUUUUUGGAUCUUCCUGUCCCCAACACCCCGUUUCCACAUAAAAACAAGAAGGGAGAAAUGACACAAAAUGUUCUCAAAACGAACAAACUGUUUCGAAAAAUGCAGCGAGAAGUUAUGGUGGUAGCAGCUGUUUCUGGAGUUUUUUUAGCAGUUGGCUUGUAUAAGGCGAUGACCAUAGCUUUGAGUAGUAACAUUUUAUAGAGGUGUUUUAAACAAAUCGUCAUAUACAACAAAACAGCCCACGACCUACUAAUGAUAUGUGGUCGGCCGUGAACAGCAUAUAAAGUGCAAUUUGUAAAGACAAAGAAAAUAAAAUAAAACAGCA